AUGAAAACGUGCGCAAGUUGCAAUGAGCGAUUCAAUGAUGGAGUUCAAUGUACGAGCUGCAAAAAGUACCUGGACUUCUCUUGUGCCAGCAUGACCGAUGUUGGUUGGAGGAAAUUGGGUGCUGACAGAAGAGCCCAAUGGAAAUGUCCUGCGUGCCGAUUGUCGUCGCCGACUUUACUUUCACCGCAACCUACGGCUUCACUGGACACAGUGCUGAGUGAGAUUCGAGAAAUGAAGCGUCAGCUACUGGACCUACCGACUUUAGUUAAUGACUUAAGAUCAAUUAAAGAUGAGCUGAGUGAUCUCAAAAAAUGCCACGAUUUUUCUAGUGGUAGGCUCGAUGAGUUCGACACUCGACUUUUCAAUCUGGAAUCGAAGGUGUCAGAGUUUGAUAAGCUCCAGGACACAGUCCUCUCACUGCAAUCUGAGUUAGCCUCAGCAAAGCACGAGUUUACGUCUCAAGAUCAGCGGUCCCGGUUAAAUAACGUGGAGAUCAAAGGAGUGCCCCUCAAAAAGGAUGAGAAUUUAUUCUCAAUCAUCGAAGCCAUCGGCCGUAAAAUCAAGCAUAAUUGUCCUAAGGCCCAGAUUAAUUACAUCUCUAGGGUGCCUAUACAUAACUCUAAGGAGAAAUUAGUAAUAGUGAGCUUUCUGAAUAGGUAUGUAAAGGAGGACUUUGUUGCGGCUGCGCGGGCAGAUAAGGACCUAUCUACAUCGGAUUUAGGUUUCCAAGGAGCACCACAGCGUGUUUAUGUGAAUGACCACUUAAGCGUCGAAUCUAAAAAACUUUUAAGUAAAACCAAAGACAUCGCUAAAGAGAAACGUUAUGAAUUUGUGUGGGUUAAAUAUGGCAAAAUUCAUGUACGCAAAAACGUUAAUUGUAAAACCUUUAUAGUUCGGAAAGAACAGGAUUUAAACAAAAUUGUAUAAACCGCUACAUAAGUACAUGUCAUUUUUUUAAUUUAUGUUAUACUUUU